UUGCUACAAAGCACAGGUGCUGUGAUCUCUGGGUCAUCAGCCCUAAACAUCGUGCAAGCCAAACAGGGCGCAGUCAACAUCAAUGACUUGGAUGUCUAUACCACUCUCCCUAAAUUUGAACAACUUCUCAACUUCUUUGAAGAAUCGGAAGGUUACAAGGUCACGGAUCAUUUCUGUCAUCCACCCCCUGGUCCUUAUAACAAUACAGGGAUAGCCAAGCUCAUCCGACUUCAAAAAAGGACACAAAAAGUGGACAUCAUUGUCACAAACUUGACUUUGGCAGCAGCACCCAUUUUUCAAUUCCACAGCACAGUCAUCAUGAACUUCAUAUCAGCAGAAUGCAUUUUUUGUGCUUACCCCAUGUGGACGCUCAACAUGGCUGGUUUGAUCCACCCGAGAAUGUACAAACAAGAUGCCACUAACCUCACAACCAUCAGUGGCCUCGCCAAAUAUAUGAAGAGAGGAUUUAGCCUA